AUGAGUCCCGUUGAAGCACCUUCAGCAGCAAUAAUAGACACUUCUUCUUCCUCUUCUUCUUCUUCUUCUUCUGCAGAUAAACCUAAAGUCACCAAGCGAAGAUUUGUUGGAAAGAAAACAACAAAAUGCACAGAGCCAAACACACAAGAUCAAUCUCUUACCAAGACAAACAAUCCUAAACGACAUAUUAGUCGCGUUCAGAAUCAAAUUCCUGAUGAGAUUUUGAAUGACAAGGAUAUAAACGAAGCAAUUAAACUCUUGCCUUCAAAUUACAAUUUUGAAAUCCACAAAACAAUUUGGAAUAUCAAAAAGCAAGGCGCCAAGAGAGUCGCUUUGCAAAUGCCAGAAGGUCUCCUAAUUUACUCACUAGUCAUAUCAGAUAUCUUGGAGGAAUUUUGCCAAGUAGAGACCGUAGUAAUGGGAGAUGUAUCUUAUGGUGCUUGUUGUAUCGACGAUUUCACAGCUCGGUCGCUAGAUUGUGAUUUUAUUGUUCAUUAUGCACAUUCCUGUCUCGUACCGAUUGAUAUUACAGAAAUUAAGGUGUUGUAUGUCUUUGUGACCAUUGGUAUAGAUGAAAAGCAUCUUGUCAAUACCAUAAAGAGGAAUUUCGACCAAGGUACUCAAAUAGCCGUGUUUGGUACAAUCCAGUUUAACCCUACUAUUCAUAGCGUUAAAGCCACACUUGAAAAUGAUCCAGAAAAACCCAUUUACCUCAUCCCUCCUCAAAGUCGACCAUUAUCGAAAGGUGAACUUUUGGGGUGCACAUCUGCUAGACUAAACAACGAGCAUAUCAAGGCCACCAUAUACGUGGGUGACGGCCGAUUCCAUCUUGAAAGUUCCAUGAUCCAUAACCCUGAAAUCCCAGCAUACAGGUACGACCCAUAUGACCAAAAGUUCACAAGAGAAUAUUACGAUCAAGAAGAGAUGACGCAAGUAAGAGAGGACGCUAUGCUUACAUCCAAGCGGGCUAAAAAAAUUGGAUUAAUUCUUGGUGCAUUGGGAAGACAAGGUAACCCAAAGACAUUAAAUAUGCUAGAAAAUGAAUUGCUGCGAAAAGGAGUUGAGGUUGUCAAAAUCAUCCUUAGUGAAAUUUUCCCCCAGAAACUUGCAAUGUUUGAUGAUGUCGAUGCGUUCAUCCAAGUUGCAUGUCCCAGAUUGUCAAUCGAUUGGGGCUAUGCAUUUAACAAACCGCUUUUAACGCCAUACGAGGCAAUGGUGAUGUUAGAAAAAGACAAGAUGUGGAACAAAUCAUACUACCCAAUGGACUAUUAUGCAAAAGAUGGUUAUGGUCGUGGUCAAAUACCAGAUCAUGAGGUGAAGACAUGA